AUGGCUGGCCAUCGCGCACUUACUUACGAUGAGCAGACUGUUCGUCUGCGCGAUUCUACAAGUCGCCCCAGUCAGGUUCCAGGCUUACCAUCCGGAGCUUCAGUGUCGACGCAAUUGCCACCCCAGCGCUCGCAACAGUUGCCAGGCCCUGAUCUUUUUGCUGCGCUACUGUUCGACCGACGGCGGGCUUAUCAGAGUUUUGCGAACGCUUCAUCUGGACUACGACCGAUAUCAACUUCCACCCCCACAGGACCAAAUCCAACUAUUCGACCUGCGCCGGCUCCACAUCUCACGUCCGGCAUCCAUGUACAUUCAACGAUGAGAGAGAUACCCAGACACGAAGAGACAUUCAUGUUAGGGUUCAAGGAUAGAUCCAAGACCCCAGCGGCGAGUAGGAAGCGGGAACGGCCUGCAGAAACGAAGAUGACGACUGUCAAGCAACAAAAGCGUCGUCCACCGUCACCGUUGCGCACCUCACCUCGAUUGGCCAAACGUCAGAAGACCGAAGUUAACGGCAAGAAGAAAGUUGUCGAUAAGGCUGGCACCGUGGCUAAGGGUGGCAAACGUACAUUGUCGGAUGUCAUUAUCAUAUCUUCUGAUAAUGAGGAUGAAGACGAGGCGCCUAUAAUGCCCUUCAUUGAUCCCGACAUUGACGAAGAUGUCGAACUAAUCAUCGCCGAUAUCGAAUCGACACCCCCAGUUACCGAGAAACUCCCAGGACGAAUGCCUCUGAAGAACAUCAGCCAGCCAGACACUUCAGUGCUUUCUAGCGUACCACCAGAGAAGCAACCCAGCAAUGCACUCGCACAAGAUAACCUCCAGGAAGAACUAGCGCGUCUGAAAUCAGAGCACGCAGAAGAAGUGGACCGACUGCGUCAGGAACUCGCUGCCGCAAAGACCGAAGCCACACGCAUCCAACAACUACAUGACACAGCGAUCAAGGAUCAAGAGCUGGAACACGUGCGGGCCAUCAACCUCGCAGAGGGCAGAUACGCAGCCACUGAACACGUUCUCGAGGUCGGACGACAAGAGUUCCGCCAACUCAAGCGUGAGAACGAAUCUCUAAUUAUCCAAAUCAACAACCUCGAGGCGGAAUGCGACGUCCUGGCCAAAGAAUUCAUAGAUGAAAAAGCACAGAGGACGAAGGAGAAGAAGGAGCACGAACAAGCUCUCGAGGAGCUUAUGAAUGGCAAGGAUGCGGAAAUAGAGCGUGCGACCAACGACCUCUUAGCGGAAAACCAGCGACUCGGAGCUGAGAACGAACGUCUCAAAGCCGAAGCUGCCACCGUCGCUGCAGUAGCAUCCCAAUCUCAAUCUCAAUUAUCCCCAUCCUUCCUACUACCACUAACAAUCACGCCCCUUCCCAGCCAAACCCCCAGCCAAACUCCCCUCUCCCCAGCAUUCCCCAGCCCCCUCUUCACCACUCCACCCUCCUCCCCCGCUCCAUCAUCUAUCUUCUCCCUAGCGCCCUCCUCCGUCUUCUCCAUACCGCCAUCGACAGCAGACUCGCACAAAGACGACAACAUUCGCAAAGUCUAUGCGAGGACCAAACUCCGCUUCGACAGUUUGCAUUCCGUGGCGAUAAAUAUGGUACAUUGUACACGAAAUAUGGAUCUCAGUGCGUGGGGUGAGUUUGGGAAAUGUGUGGGGAAGAUGAAGGAGGUUUUGAGUGAGGGUAAGAAGGAGGGGGUGAGAUGA